AAAUAAGAGGGUCCCAUGUCCGGCUGGUUUGGAGGCAGCGAGCACCGGCAGCGCUCGGAGCGAGCGGCGCGGGCCGAGCAUCCCGAGCAUCCCCGGGCGAGCAUCCCGAGCAUCCCCGGGCGAGCAUCCCGAGCAUCCCCGGGCGAGCAUCCCAGCGCGGCCGGGACACCGCGGCUCCGGCAGAGCCUUUCCCCCGUGCGGAGCAUGAGCCGAGCGGGCAGCGGGAGCCCCGGCAGGAGCCCCGGGAGCCCCGGGAGCCGAGGGGCAGCGCUGGUGCUGGCGCUGGCGCUGUGGGCGCUGCCCGCGGCCGUGUCCGGCUGCAGCUGCGCGCCCGCGCACCCGCAGCAGCUGCUGUGCGAUGCUGCGCUCGUGAUCAGAGCAAAAAUCUCCAGUGAAAAGGUGGUUCCUGCCAGUGAUGACCCCCUUGAUAGCCACAAAAUGAUCCGGUAUGAAAUCAAACAAAUAAAGAUGUUUAAAGGAUUUGAAAAGCUCAAGGAUGUCCAGUAUGUCUACACCCCUUUUGAUUCAUCACUCUGUGGAGUGAAACUAGAAGCCAACAACAAAAAGCAGUACCUUCUAACAGGCCAAAUUUUAAGUGAUGGCAAAGUGCUGAUCCACUUGUGCAACUACAUUGAGCCGUGGGAUGAUUUAUCCUUGUCUCAGAAAAAGAGCCUGAACCAGAGGUACCAGAUGGGCUGUGGCUGCAAGAUCACCACGUGCUACUCGGUGCCCUGCUCCAUCACGGCGCCCAACGAGUGCCUGUGGACGGACUGGCUGCUGGAGCGGCGGCUGCAGGGCCACCAGGCGCGCCACUACGCCUGCAUCCGCCGCAGCGACGGCACCUGCAGCUGGUACCGGGGGGGGCCUCCCCCUGAGAAGGAGUUCAUGGACAUCAGCGAGCCCUGAGAGCCCACCAAGCGCCGCCCUGGGAGGCUCCUUCCAUCCGCCCGCGCGCGCCCGGCCUAGACACGAGCACCGCGUCCCCAAAGGGCCCGUGGGGCUGGCAGCGGGGCAGGGCGAGGGACAAACCUCCUGCAGGCACCUGCUCUGCUCUGUUAGGCUUUGCACAGAGGGCUGGCAACGUCCUCCGAGGCACAACAAAUCCCCUUCUUGCCAAUAUGAAUGUACCAGAACAAAUUUUGUCCAGAAUUUUGCCAAUAUCAAUGUGCGAGAACCAAUUUUGCCAGAACUUUGCUAAUAUCAAUGUUCAAGAAUAAAUUUUGCCAAAUGAAUGUUCAAGAACCAAUUUUGCCAAUAUCAAUGUUCAGGAGCAAAUUUUUGCCAAUAUCAAUGUUCAGGAACAAAUUUUGCCAGAAUUUUGCCAAUAUGAAUGUUCAAGAACCGAUUUUGCCAGAAUUUUGCCAAUAUCAAUGUUCAAGAGCAAAUUUUUGCCAAUAUCAAUGUUCAGGAACAAAUUUUGCCAGAAUUUUGCCAAUAUGAAUGUUCAGGAACAAAUUUUGCCAGAAUUUUGCCAGUAUCAAUGUUCAAGAACAAAUUUUGCCAAUAUCAAUGUUCAAGAAUAAAUUUUGCCAUAAUUUUGCCAAUAUCAAUGUUCAAGAACAAAUUUUUGCCAAUAUCAAUGUUCAGGAACAAAUUUUGCCAGAAUUUUGCCAAUAUGAAUGUUCAAGAACCAAUUUUGUCAGAAUUUUGCCAAUUUCAAUGUACAAGAACCAAUUUUGCCAGAACUUUGCUAAUAUCAAUGUUCAAGAAUAAAUUUUGCCAAAUGAAUGUUCAAGAACCAAUUUUGCCAAUAUCAAUGUUCAAGAGCAAAUUUUUGCCAAUAUCAAUGUUCAAGAACCAAUUUUGCCAGAAUUUUGCCAAUAUCAAUGUGCAAGAACCAAUUUUGCCAGAAUUUUGCCAAUAUGAAUGUGCAAGAACCAAUUUUGCCAGAAUUUUGCCAAUAUCAAUGUUCAAGAGCAAAUUUUUCCAAUAUCAAUGUUCAGGAGCCAAUUUUGCCAGAAUUUUGCCAGCAUCAAUGUUCAAGAGCAAAUUUUUGCCAAUAUCAAUGUUCAGGAACAAAUUUUGCCAGAAUUUUGCCAAUUUCAAUGUUCAAGAACCGAUUUGGCCAGAAUUUUGCCAGUAUCAAUGUUCAAGAACAAAUUUUGCCAGAAUUUUGCCAGCAUGAAUGUUCAAGAACAAAUUUUGCCAAUAUCAAUGUUCAGGAACAAAUUUUGCCAGAAUUUUGCCAGCAUGAAUGUUCAAGAACAAAUUUUGCCAAUAUCAAUGUUCAGGAACAAAUUUUGCCAGAAUUUUGCCAGCAUGAAUGUUCAAGAACAAAUUUUGCCAAUAUCAAUGUUCAAGAACAAAUUUUGCCAAUAUGAAUGUUCAGGAACCAAUUUUGCCAGAAUUUUGCCAAUAUCAAUGUUCAGGAACAAAUUUUGCCAGAAUGUUGCCAAUUUUGCCAGUAUCAAUGUACAAGAACUAAUUUUGCCAGAAUUUUUCCCCUGUUUUGAUCACCUGCAGGUUGAGAGCUCCCCGUGGUUUAUUCCAAAUCUCUCCGGUGAACUACGGAAUGUUUUAUAGAACUAUUUUUUUUUUUUUUUUCCUGUAUGAAAGUCUUGGAUAUAAAAGAAUUAUUGUACAGUGUAUAUGUAAAAUAUUAUAACAAUGUGCUAUUAAAAAACAAUUUCACAAA